AUGGCAGGGCGGCGUCGCACGCACACAGGCGCGCCGUCCGCGCCCACUCGCUGACUCGGCUCACCUGGAGCGCAGAAGAGCUCGGGCUCGCGGCGCUCCGCACUCGCCGACACUCCGCGCAUCGCGACCCGCGCCCGCGCGACUUCGACACUGUGAUGUGCCCAGUUUGAACCGCAAGCGCCGCCACACCCGGACACACGACGACCGACGCCGUCUCUACACUUCUACACAGCCCUAGGACAUGGACAACGUGGGGCAGAUGGAGCAGCGCGAGGUGGAUGCCAACUCUGAGGCGCUGCAGCUCGUCAAGAAUGAAGAGCGGAACGAACAGGAGCAGGGCGCCGAGCCGGCGAGCGGGCCGGCGGGGCCCGGCCCUGAGGGCCCCGAGCAGCAGCAAGGAGGGGCCACAGCCUUGCGCGAGCCUUCUCCGCCCACGCAUUCGCAGUCCGUGAUAACGUCGCGGCGUGCCGUGCGGACCAUCACGGCCGCCGGACACAUCACCACGGACGAGCCCGCCGACCUCGCCACCGAUGACGGCGUCAAGGACGAGCCGCCCGAGCAGCCGCCCUUAGACGAGCAGCAGCUGCAGCACUACACCACCAAGCUCGAGGAGGCAGAAGCGCGGGAACACCAGCACUACGACGAGGAGCGCAUGCGCUUGGCCGAGGCUGAGACCGCGAGGUAUCUGGCCUUCAAACAAGAGCCUUACCGCGCUCUCCCCUCGCCGAACGACAAACGUGCGCCGCCGCAGUAUGCGCGCCCGCCGCAGCGCCCCACGUACUCCCGAGGCCUUGCUUUACGCUACGGCGCGCCGCAUCACGUCAUUGUGGCGCAGGAAGGCGAGGGGGAUGAAGCUGCUCAUGAAGCCUUCCUGCACAAGGAGAAGGAGCAAAUGCAGGCGUACCCCGGGAACGAGGCGGCGCCUAGUGACGGCCGGCAGUACACGGCCGUGCUCGGCGAGCAAGCUGCCUCCUCACUCGAGAUGAUUCAGACCACAUCGCUAAACAACCAACAGGCGGUGGGCGUGGCCUACCAGCAGGUGAAAUACGAAGCGCGAGGAGAUGGCGAGCCACGACCUACCACUUAUGCAAGUUUACAGCCUGUAACAUCGGUGCACGGGGGCUACGCUUACGCAGGGCAGAGCCCGCAAUACGGUGGGGCCGCAUAUGGUGCCUACGCCGGAGGCAGCAAAGAGCUGCUAACACUAUACGGCGGUGGCGCGGCAGGCGGCGGGGGCGCGGGGGGCGCGGGCGGCUCGCGCGGCGACGAGUCCCCGCCGGGGCAGCUGCUGUACCGCUCCGACCCCACGCUCUCGUCCUCGUCGCUGGCACGCGGCACGCACGUCGUCUAUGGCUCGGUGGUGCCGCAGUCACAAGGCGUGUACGAAGCGCCGCCGAGCCCUAACUCACAGCAGGUGACGCUGUAUACGCACGGGAACACGGUCCAGUACAAGGUGGGCGGCGAGCAUUACCUGGGCCAAGGCGGCGGCGUCGAGUAUGUCCCGGUGUCUGGUUACGAGGGCGGCCUACUAGUAGAGGGCUACCCUGCGCCUACACAAGCUUGGCCUGCUCAUAAUCUCCUACCUAUUGAUGACGGGUUUGAUCCCA